UAAUUCCCUACCCUAAUCUCCGGUUCUCGACGCCGCUACUCUCUCGAUUUUCUCGAUCGUCCCAUCUAGAUUCUUAAACUAUAUUUUAAGGAGAUAUAGAUAUUCUUGUCCCUGAAUCUACCCUAAUCUCCGGUUCUCGACGCCGUCAUUCUCUUGACUUUCUCCAUCAUCCCAUCUAGAUUCUUAAACUAUAUUUUACGGAGAUAUAGACAUUCUUGUCUCUGAAUCAACAACAUAUAUGCUUACUUUUUUUCAAGGUCUUCUGUAAACUACACGAUUAGGGAUUAAGGUUUGGAUCGCUAGCAAUGGAUGAUGUAUGUGAAGGCACAUCUAUCUCGUUCCCGAAACAAGAAGAGAAGAUCUUAAAAUGGUGGACUGAAGUGAAAGCAUUUGAAACCCAACUUGAAAAAACCAAACACCUGCCAGAAUACAUCUUCUACGAUGGCCCUCCGUUUGCCACUGGUCUCCCUCACUACGGGCACAUCCUUGCUGGAACAAUCAAGGACAUUGUCACACGAUACCAGACCAUGACGGGGCAUCACGUCACACGGCGGUUUGGUUGGGAUUGCCAUGGGCUGCCGGUGGAGCAUGAGAUUGACAUGAAGCUUGGGAUUAAGAGCAGAGAGGAUGUGAUUAAGAUGGGGAUUGACAAGUAUAAUGAAGAGUGUAGGAGUAUUGUUACUAGGUACGUUGGGGAGUGGGAGAAGGUAAUUACGAGGACUGGGAGGUGGAUUGAUUUCAAGAAUGAUUACAAAACUAUGGAUUUGAAUUUCAUGGAGAGUGUUUGGUGGGUGUUUUCUCAGUUAUAUAAGAAAAACCUUGUCUACAGAGGGUUUAAGGUGAUGCCAUACAGUACAGGCUGCAAGACUCCAUUGUCCAAUUUCGAGGCUAAUUCAAACUACAAGGAAGUGCUUGAUCCUGAAAUCAUGGUGACUUUUCCAAUUGUUGAUGAUCAAGAUGGUGCUGCAUUUGUUGCAUGGACAACCACACCAUGGACGCUCCCUAGCAAUCUUGCACUUUGUGUCAACUCAAGUUUUGUAUAUGUCAAGGUGAAGAACGAAUCCAAUGGAAAAAUUUACAUAGUUGCUGAAUCUCGAGUAUCAGAGCUUCCAGUAGAGAAGGGAAAAAAAGGAGUACCAAAAGGAGCCGUGGAUGACAAUUCAGCUCCCAGAACCAAGGGAUCUGCCAAUGGAAAUGCAAAAAACUCUGUCGUUGCUUAUCAAGUGCUGGAUAAAUUUCCAGGAUCUUCACUUGUGGGUAAAAAGUAUGUCCCAUUAUUUGAUUAUUUCAAAGAGUUAUCAGAUGUCGCGUUUAGAGUUGUUGCGGAUGAUUAUGUCACUUCCGAUAGCGGAACUGGAAUUGUUCACUGUGCUCCGGCAUUUGGUGAAGACGAUUAUCGUGUUUGUAUGGAAAACCAAAUAAUCAAUAAGGGAGAAAAUCUAAUUAUGGCAGUUGAUGAUGAUGGCUGCUUUACUGAGAGAAUUACUGAUUUCAGUGGUCGAUAUGUCAAAGAGGCAGAUAAAGAUAUUAUUCAAGCAGUGAAGGACAAGGGGAGGCUGGUCAAGUCUGGAAAAUUCACACAUUCAUAUCCGUUUUGCUGGAGAUCUGAUACCCCUCUCAUCUACAGAGCAGUUCCCAGCUGGUUUGUAGCAGUAGAGAAGUUGAAAGGUCAGUUGCUCGAGAAUAAUGAGAAAACAAAAUGGGUUCCUGCUUUUGUGAAGGAAAAGCGGUUUCACAAUUGGCUUGAAAAUGCUAGAGACUGGGCGAUUAGUCGAAGUAGGUUUUGGGGCACUCCUCUUCCUAUAUGGAUCAGUGAGGAUGGUGUGGAUAUUGAAGUUAUUGGUUCAGUUGAAGAACUUGAAAGACUCUCUGGGAAGAAAGUCACCGACCUACAUCGCCACAAAAUUGAUCACAUUACUCUUCCAAGUCCACGUGGUCCAAAGUUUGGUGUGCUUCGCCGUGUAGAAGAUGUGUUUGACUGCUGGUUUGAGAGUGGGUCAAUGCCAUAUGCAUAUAUCCACUAUCCGUUUGAAAAUGAGGACUUCUUCCAUAAGAACUUCCCCGGACAUUUUGUUGCAGAGGGGUUAGAUCAAACUCGUGGAUGGUUUUACACUCUGAUGGUCCUGUCGACGGCAUUAUUUGAGAAACCUGCAUUUAGGAAUCUUAUCUGCAAUGGUCUUGUUUUGGCUGAGGAUGGGAAAAAGAUGAGUAAAAGAUUGAAGAACUAUCCUUCUCCCAUGGAAGUCAUCGAUAACUAUGGGGCUGAUGCACUACGAUUAUACAUUAUAAAUUCUCCGGUAGUGCGCGCAGAACCUUUGCAUUUCAAAAAGGAUGGAGUAUAUGGUGUUGUAAAAGAUGUGUUAUUUCCAUGGUACAAUGCAUACAGAUUUCUCGUUGAAAAUGCAAAAAGACUUGAAGUGGAGGGGCUUGCACCCUUUGUUCCUCAUGACCGAGUCACUCUUCUCAACUCGCCUAAUGUGCUUGAUCAGUGGAUCAACUCAGCCACUCAGAGUCUCGUUUAUUUUGUCAGACAGGAAAUGGAUGCUUAUCGUCUCUAUACGGUAGUUCCUUAUCUUUUGAAAUUCAUUGACAAUUUGACUAAUAUAUAUGUAAGAUUCAAUCGCAAGAGAUUGAAAGGCCGCACUGGAGAAAACGACUGCAGAACUGCACUUUCAACUCUCUACCAUGUGCUUUUAACUGUUUGUAAAGCAAUGGCUCCAUUCACACCUUUUUUCACUGAGGUUCUUUAUCAUAACUUACGAAAAGUAGCCAAUGGAUUAGAGGAAAGCAUUCACUUUUGCCCUUUCCCUGAAGUGGAAGGGAAGGGUGGUAGCCGCAUCGAACAAAGUGUUCACAGAAUGAUGACAAUCAUCGAUCUUGCACGUAAUGUCCGCGAGCGCCACAAUAAAUCUCUCAAAACUCCACUCAGAGAGAUGAUUGUUGUGCAUCCAGAUGCUGAGUUUCUUGAUGACAUCGCUGGCAAACUGAAAGAGUAUGUGUUGGAGGAGGUCAAUGUUAUAUCUGUUGUGCCCUGCAAUGAUCCUUUGAAGUAUGCUUCUUUACGCGCUGAACCUGAUUUCAGUGUGUUGGGCAAAAGAGUGGGCAAGUCGAUGCGAGUAGUUGCUGAUGCAGUGAGGGCAAUGUCACAGGAAGAAAUUUUAUCUUUUGAAAGAGCAGGAGAAAUUACUAUUGCUACUCACUGCUUGAAGCUCACUGAUAUCAAGAUUGUUCGUGGAUUUAAACGCCCUGAUGGUCUGACCGAAGAGCAAAUGGAUGCAUCUGGUGAUGGUGAUGUAUUGGUAAUAUUGGACUUAUGCCCUGACGACUCUUUGCUCAAAGCUGGUUUUGCACGUGAGGUUGUUAGCCGUAUUCAAAAGUUACGGAAGAAGGCUGCACUCAUACCCACUGAUUCGGUCGAGGUCUACUUCAAGUCGUUGGAUGAAGACACAUCAGUCUCUGCCCAAAUGUUAAAAUCUCAGGAAGUGUACAUCAAAGAAGCUAUAGGGUCUCUUUUACUUGACCCUAGCCUGACUCCGGAACAUGCAGUAAUAAUUGCUGAGGAGACGCACCACAACAUUUUGAAUUGCGACUUUCAAAUAACUUUGUCAAGACAAACAUUAAUGUUUAAUGAUAACGCAAUCCUUCAAUUAUAUACAGGUAAUGCAAAAUAUGCACAUGCAUUGAAGGUAUAUUUGUUAUCGAGGGACCACUCCAUUCUGAAAUCAGAAUUUCGACUGGGAAAUGGCAAGAUUAAAGUGGAUUGCAUUGAAACUCUGCCUGAUGUUGAUGUGGUCUUGGGAGAACAUGUGUUCUUGACGGUUGGGGAUUAUUACUCUGCGACCACCAAUCACAAUUCUUAACCACAAAUUCUUUUAACAAAUAACUGUAAUUAUUAUGUUACGAGGUUAUUAAAUUAAACAUGUCUUUCUGAUGAAAACGGAACAAGGAAGUUAACUUAUUAAUUAUUAUAACCUGU